GUAACGCCGCCGCCUCGCAGCACAAUACCCUGCCCGCCGCCGCCUCGCAGCGCCGUCUCCUGCCCGCCGCCGUUUCGUGCACCAUGGAAGGAUUGGGUUGAGCUCCGUCCAAGUUCCAACCGAGGACCAAAGGUAGCAGCUCCGUCCAAGUUCCAACCGAUCUAGCCGGUCGCUGCUUCGUUUGCCCGUCCUUCCUCAGACUGGUUCUAGCCGUGUAUCUCUGUCCGGCCGACGGGCUCUUUCUGGACUAUUCCCCCUUCCUCAGUUCAUGUGUUUGUUAAUAUGCCUGUGAGGUGACGAUCCUGUUAUAGACCGAGGGCAUGGAGUUUAAGCGACUGAGGUGGCUUAGGUGGGCAAAAGCAGGCCGUUACCCCUUUUCGACAACAUCCACUUCUAGGAGCCUUUUCAACCUUCAGUACAUGGAGUUCCUGAAAGGUACGUACCCAGGCGUGUCUUACCAUGGUGCCCCUGAUUAUCGUUGUCAGUUCUGCGGUGCUGUGUUCUGGUAUCCUGAGCGGUGCAAGAUCGAGAGCUCCGUGAGGCAACGCCGUGUCCUAUACAGCUUGUGUUGCAGGGGUGGGAAGGUUUGGGUCCCACCCUUCGCUUCGCCGCCUCCUUUUCUUGCGGACCUACUUAGGUUUGAUGGUGAUUCACGCAGAAAACCUUUCAUAGAGAAGAUACGUCAGUACAACUCACUGUUUGCUUUUACUUCCAUGGGAGCUGACAUUGAUAAGCAUGUAAAUGAUAGUGGUGGUCCGCCUGUUUUCAAAAUUAGUGGCCAGGUGCAUCACCGCAUAGGUUCCUUGUUGCCAGCUAAGGGUGCAUCUCCUAAGUUUGUUGAGCUGUACAUCCAUGAAACUCAAAACGAGGUUACUAUCGGAAUAAAAGCUGUGAUGCCCGAGGCUGAUCCUACCGAGGUUGAUAUUGACGUUGAUAUAGUUGGUGGAUUGCAGAGCAUGCUAGAUGUUUGUAGUCCUCUUGUGAAGAAGUUCAGAGACGCUAGAGAUCGCCUUAAAGACGAGGGUGAUACACGUAUUGCUAUUAGGAUUGUAGGUGCUGAAAAAGGAGAUCAUGUGCAGUUUAAUUUGCCCGCUGUUAGUGAGCUUGCUGCUUUGAUUGUGGGUGAUUUUUCUGCAGAGAAUUAUCGCCGUGAUAUUAUAGUUGAUAGCAAGUUGAAAGGCCUGCACCAUGUUCCCAGCCUACAUCUAGCUUUCAUGUCCCUCCAGUACCCGCUCUUGUUUCCUCAUGGUGAUAGAGGCUUUCAGCUUGGAAUCCCCCAUAGAGACAUCCAACCUGGUUGCACAGAGGGAGAACUACAGUUAGUAUGCAAGAGUACUACUGUUUCUGCUUGUCACUAUAGGCAGAAUCAGUACAACCCGUUCCUAUGCUGCGGUAAGCUAUCUGCACAGUCGCAGGUUGAUUCCUUUGCGUGCGUAGAGGAAGGUAGGCUGACUUACAUAGCAGGCCACCAGGAUGAUUUUAGAUGUGAGCACUUUCGGGGAGUGGCUGAUGCAGUUGGGAAGGGUAAUCUCGAUGGUAGCUCAAUAGGCAAGAAACGAAUUGUACCUGCAAGCUUCAUUGGUGGUGACCGUUACCAGCAACCGAAUUUCCAGGAUGCUGUUGCUAUAUGUAGGGUGUAUGGUUCGCCGCACCUGUUUCCGACGUUCACGUGCUGUCCAAAGUGGCCUGAGAUUAAAGAAGCUCUUCUUUUAGAACCUGGCCAGAGGUACACCGACAGAUCUGACCUUGUGGUUAGGGUGUUCAAAAUGACUUUUGCAAGAUAUACUGAAAUCAAGCCAGUAAAGGCUUACAAAUUAUCUGCUGCUCCAAAGCUCCUCUUAUGCGUUUGUGUGCAAGGUAUCUUGCCAGAGAGAAAAUGCGAGGAAAUGCUCUAGAUGCAGUUGCUAAUUUCACUGGCAAAAUGGAGCAGUAAGCUGGCCAGUAUCACCCCACUCAUUGUUAACUUUAUAUGUUGCUACCAAGUAGGGUUGCAGCUUUGAUGGUUUUAGAUAUCAUAAACCGUUUGUUUUUUCCUUCGUCUUUUUCAACCUGAAAAUUUAAAUGUCAAGUACUUCUCCAGAAACACACUGUAGUUUUACGGUAUAACACGGUGUUUCGUUGUUGCUAUUCACUGUAUGAUUUUUGAGCUUCAUUGUAUCGACUUAUGAAGGAUUAGCUAUUCGAAAUAAUUCAGUGGCCAUACAUAGAAACUUAGCACCACUUGUAUUGCAUAUGAUUGAGAAAAGGCCGACUAAUUAGAGAAGGGCAUUGAACAAAGUGGAGGUAUCAUGGUCAAUUAUCUGACAUUUAUUCAAAGAAUGUCAAUCCGCAUAUAGUAGCACACUAUCCUGAAUGUAUAAAUCUGUUGUCAAGGUUGUUUUGUAAUAGAGAUAAAGAAAUCUUUGGACUGUAUGUCGCAUUGGUUGGUUCAGCAUAUGCCUGGAGCACUACUUUAAACUGCACUCUCCAGGGACUACAAUUGGGAUUGCCUUUUGUGCAGUUGAUGCUUUGUGGAUGUAGAUGUCAUUGAGACGAGCGAAGCGACACAUUGCAAUGCAGCACGCUACACCUAUCGUGUUUUAGAGUAUGACUGUCAAAGGCUAAUUCAGAUAGAUCUAAGAAUUUUACGAGUUCAUGUCAUGUCUAUUUAUGUAGCCAUUAGAGUUUUGGAUCAAAUCAUAGGUUCAUUAAGUUUUUUUGCUUCACAAGCUGCUACUCAAGAUGAAAUACCUACAGCUGUCAAUCGUUUGUACCAACUUAUCAUUUUUGUCACGCUCCUUAGAUAUUGUUCCUAAUUCAUCUGCCUUAUUUGUGAACAAAGAGUGGUACUUGUGG